ACCAGCAGGGCGUAAAAAAAAGAGUAUACCUAUAUAGUCAAGCAUUCCACUAAUUACGUGUUUCAUCAUCCAGCCCUUCAUCAUUUUCCAAUUCUUUAGAAUUUUUUUAUAUUUUAUUAGAAUUUCGUUUGCUACGAAUAAAAAUACGACUGGACCCAAUAGUACUGUGAGAGAUAUUGGCACGAGAGAGUUAGGUUAUGAGAUAUAUAAAAUUCGCUAAAAUUCAGUGAAAUAUCCGUCAAAGUGACACACAUGACUCCAGUAAAAGUUAUUGUUCAGGGUUUAUCCCUGCGUAGUGAUGCCAGUGGACAUGAAGAAGUAUGCAAUAAAGGAUAUAAAAAGAAAUUGGAGAGAGUAUUAGCAAUGUAUGGGCCCGUCAGGUGUACAUACUUGUGGGCUGAUGAAACACAUUCUUCUCCACCACCGGACAUUAUUGACAAUUUCGCCCACGUUUACUACAAAAAUGAAGAAGAUGCAGUAAGAGCAUCGCAAGCAGCUUCUAAUCACGAAGUCCAAUUGGAUGAUUGCAUUCUGACCUUGACUUUAGUCUCAAGAUCACUGAUAUCAAUUGACAUUCUAGACAACGACUGCUUACUCCAGAUAUUUUCGAAACUCGAUCUGGAAGAUAGACUGAGAAUUGAAGAAGUUUGUCCACACUGGAAGGAGCUAGCACAACAUUCUUGGUCGUCUAUGAAAAGACUUGAUCUGGAAUUCGUGUCUGUUACUGAAGCACAAUUCGAAACAUAUUUGAUAAAAUGUGGCGAAUAUCUCGAAGAACUUGUCUGCAAAAUUGUAUCCGCAUAUUCCAUUGCUUUGAUUACUACACACUGUGAGAACCUAAAAGCUCUGGACCUAACGAUUUAUUCAACAUUCUCGAACCAUACAGCUUCAUUGUCACAGAUGCUUAAAAAAUUCGACAAUCUAAUAUCUUUUAAAUGUGACCACAGUAUCUCCACUGCAUAUAACAUGUUUGAAGAUCUACCAAGUUCGAUUAAAGAACUCUCUGUUAUAUGUCGGUACUGGCAGCCGACCGGAGUUAUCAGGGAUUUUGAGAGAUUUCAAAAUUUGGAAACAUUGGUCAUUAGAGGAUACGACAUUUUUUGUCUAAAUGGAAUAGAACAUUUAACAAAACUGACCCAUUUAGAUUUUUCAAUGUCCACGGUCAGAUUUCACCAAAUUGCAAAAAUUUCAAACUUGGCCGGAUUGAGGAAGCUGUACAUUCCAGGGGACCAUGUCAAUCUCAAUGAUCCCCUGUUAAUUGAAAUCCUAAAAAAUCUGCGGGCACUUGAAUAUUUAGACAUUGCUGGACAAGCACGACUUACUGAUGAUUCGUUGCAGCUGAUAUCAAUGUUACCCAAUUUAAAGGGCCUGGAUGUAUCUGGGUUGAAGAAUGUAACUUUCAAAUCUAUGAACGAAUUGACGUCAUUGGUGGAAUUGGUCUAUAGAGAAGUUCAUGACCUAUCAGAUGAAGGAUUGUGCAGACUCGUCAGGUUGGCACCAAAUUUACGAUUUUUAGACGUGACGGGCAGUAAUGUAACGGCAAACCUUUUCUCAACUGCGGAUGUAGUUGUAAAAAAACGGGGGAACAAUGUCAUUCUAAAAAUUAUUGUCGAUGAAAUUAUCAAUGACUUGGAAAAUGUCGAAUCUUUGUCACCUCUUUUGAAAAUAGAAUUUAACAUAAAGAGGAACGUUAAUUGUGCAUAUGAUGAUUUAUAUGACGGUACUGAAGGUUCUAGUUAUGAGGCUGAGGACUGGGGUGAAAAUGAUUAUCUGGAUGAUGACAACGGAUUUGAAUUCUUUUAGGUGUAAAUUUUAUUACGAUCGAAUAUUUCAUGUCAAAACGAGAAAUAACAUAAAUACUUUUUUUUGUUCAUCAAAUGACGUUUCAUCAUACAUAAUUACAUUUAAGAUAAGACAAGGUUAACAACUAUAUUGGAGUUAUUCGAUUUCCAUUUUUGGAGAUAAACCUAAAAAUUCAUGGAUUCAAUAACGCAUCGGGUUCUUUUUUUUGUGUGCAUUUCAUUUAAGAUAAAGGAUUCCGAUUAAUUCACACAGUAGGAAUUAAUAUUUGAUCAUCGUUAGUUGAGGAUAUAAUGGAAUUAUUUCGACUAUGAAUUCAUCGAUAGUUGUGGGAAAUUAACAAUUUGUGAUCUGUGGCAAAACGAUCAGAAAUCAAUUUGUAAUUCUGACCUCCAUCCAUUGAGAUUGAAAUCAAAUUUCAAUCGUUUUAGUGGUCAGUUACGGAGUCCAUCAAUUACUAUGUUGAAGUGGAAAACAAAUUCUACUUAAUAAAGCUUUGUAAUACUAAUGGAAAAUUC